UGAACAAGGGUUGCAGCGCGUCUGUGCAAAUCACAACCUCGUAAUCAUCAAACUCGUGCUCCAGAUGAGGAAGGUCGCGCGUCGCACCAGCAUCGCGGGUUUCACUUGAUCGGAUGGUGAAAUGUUUUAUUCACCUCAAAUCUAUUGACUUUCUGUCCUUCCAUCUAAUUUUCUAGAAUUAUUUGUGUGUUUAUGAGACGAAGAGAUUCAACCUUAAUAGCCCAUCUAGCCGUCGUUUUUGCAUUGGAUUGGACAAUUUGAUACCGGAUAUUUUCGGAACCUCGGUAUCACGUUCAUUUACGGACAGUGUGAUUGUUUGGCAAAAAGUAUCUCCAGCAACUAAAUUUGAGAUGGCAACAUCUCCAACAUCCUCUAAUUCAAUCCCCCCAUCAGGACAAACUGCUUCAAGUGGCAGUGCUGGUCAAUUUGAUAUUGACAAUACACUAUUUGUUAGCAAAGAUGUCUCUUUGUCCUUGAGUCCUGAGUCGUUGGUUAUCAAAGGCGCCGAGACAGCAAAAAAGCCAGAGAAAGGAGCAAAAUCAGCCGGUGCCCGUCGUUCCGUAACACUGGAUGCAUCUGCCUACUCAGAGCCUGUUGGGGCAUCAACUUUGAGGGCAAUACCUUUACGUCAGAUCCUUUGGGCUGAAAUAACUGAGACUGAACUCAUCAUAAAUUACGCAAAGGAGAUUUCAAAAACUGUUCUUCAACCAGCGGUACUGAAGUAUGUUAUUGAAGAAGAGCGAGAUCGAGUGGAAGCAUGGGUUUCUAGGCUCAAAGAUCGCGCAUAUGGCAAAUCCCAGCAACAGAAACGAGUUAAAGUGAUAAUUAACCCAAAGAGUGGAAAGGGACAAUCCGAAAAAAUCUAUGCAAAAGACGUUGCGCCUAUCUUUGAUGCUGCUCAUCUAUCUAUCGAUGUGACGGUAACUAAAGCCUCAAGGGAGGCCACUGAUAUUGUGGAAAAACUCGAUAUAGAAGCUUUUGAUGUGAUAAUCUGUUGUUCUGGAGAUGGUCUUCCAUUCGAGGUUUUCAAUGGUCUUGGCAAACGUAAAGAUGCGAAGAGAGCUCUCUCGAAAAUGGCUAUCGCGCACAUACCUUGUGGAUCUGGAAAUGGAUUACAUUGUAGUCUUCAUGGUAAUAUAAGAUCUACCAGUAUCGCAGCUCUUUCAAUAGUUAAAGGUAUUCGUACUCCUUUAGACCUAAUUUCGGUCACACAGGGCGAAGAGAGACAUCUAUCCUUUCUCUCGCAAGCACUCGGUAUCGUGGCUGAGUUUGACCUGGGAACAGAGCAUUUGCGGUGGAUGGGAGGAACACGUUUUGUCUAUGGUUUUGUCAUGAAGUCACUCCAAAAGAAAAUCUUCCCGUGUGACAUCGCAGUUAAGGUGGUUGCGGACGAUAAAGAGGAUAUCAAGCGACGUUAUCGUGAGACUAUGGAAAUUGGGAGUACUUCUGAAGAAUUGUUACGAGAGAAUGGUUCGUUGGAAGGUGGUUUACCCAAGCUGAAAUAUGGAAAUUCUAGCGACCCAUUACCUCAAGGGUGGGAAGUAGAGCAGCAUGACAACUUGGGAAGUUUCUACUGUGGCAAUAUGUCUUGGAUGGGAGCAGAUGUAGAUUACUUUCCAGCUGCACUUCCAAAUGAUGGUUGUAUGGAUAUGGUAACCAUUGAUUAUUCAAAUCUUAGUCGACUCCAAGCACUUCAACUUAUGCCGGCUGUCGAGAGUGGGAAAUUCUUCGGCUUACCAUAUGUCAAUUACCGCAAAGUUGAAGCAUACCGCAUCACUCCAAAGAACCAGUCAGAUGGUUACAUAUCAAUAGAUGGAGAGCGAGUACCAUUUGGACCAUUUCAAGCCGAAGUACAUCGAGGAUUAGGAACGGUCCUUUCAGUAUCAGGAUAUAGAUAUGAAACUCCUGGACCUAAAUAAUGAAGUGAAAUACUUGGGGAUAUUUGAAGGAGGAAGUUGUAAUAUGACGCUUGGAUACUAUCUCAACACUAUCGCUAGUCCAUGCUUUUGGCAUGUGCGUUUUGUUUACUCUAUUUAUGGAAGAAGAUUGAAGUCUAAUAGGUAUAAAGUAGUGGAUCUUGGCCUUUCGAUGUUUUCUUUUGGGUGGAUCAAACAGUUAGAUCAUGAUUAGAAAACAUAUAGUUGCGUAGUUUUGCAUAAAAUUAUACCAAUCAUACCCCGC